AAGAGAGAAUUAACUAAUAGCAUAUUUUAGUAUAUUCAAGCAUGGAGCAUAAGAAGACGGCAGGACGCCAAAAAAUUUCAUUGGCGAAAAUAGAGAAUGAAUCUGCUCGACUCACCACAUUCUCUAAACGACGUUCUGGCUUAUACAAAAAAGCUUGUGAACUUGUUAGAGAAUGUGAUGUCGCUCUUGGAAUUGUUAUGUCUUCACCGAAAGGUAUACCUUAUUCCUUUAGUAGUCCAACCUCUAAUGUGGUCAUUGAUCGUUUUAUAAAUCCUACAGCAAAUUUAAGUUCAAGUGACCGCCUUGUUGCUGCAGAAGCACGCAAAAAAGUAAGUCAAUUUUAUGAUAUUCUAAACGAAUUGGACGAAAGAGAAAAAAUUGCAAAUGAAAAAUUAGAUCGAAUGAAUGAGGCUAGAGAUCUAGGUUGGUGGGAGUCCAUAGAUCAAUUGAAUGUACGUGAUGUAAAGAAGUUGGAAGCAUGGCUUAUAUCUGGUGAAUUUAAAUUGAACGAACAUUUGGAGCAGCUUGAAAAUGGAGCUUCAUCCUCCUCACAGAUUCCAUCAGAUGAUGCAAAUAUCUCACCAAAUGUCUUCUAGAUGAAUUAUCUUCAGAUAUUUAUCAAAGUCCUUUCCUUAAUUUUUUUUGUUAUUUAUUAUUUUGUUUCAAUUAUGCUAUUUAAUUCUUGUACUUUGCAGUUUGCAAUGAUAUUUGUUGAAGACAUUUAUAUUUAUGAUUACCCAUUGUCUCCAACAAUGUUUGAAUUAAUACGCAAACUAAUAUAGGAACCUCUCAAUUUAU